UAUUUUUUCUUAAUACAUUUUAUUCUUAUACAAUAAGCAGUGCACAUUAGUUUAUUCCGUUUUCUUGGCAGUCCAACCAAGAAAUAUCAGCACUCGUCACGUGCAUUAAUCAUCCCCACAAAUUCAAACUGGGAAUUUAUUAAACACGUUUCGAAUUCCGAGGAAAAAAAAUCACUAUAUAAAGAGGAACUCGCGCGAGGAGGCACAAACAACAGUCACCAGCUCCGUGCUCUGUUCUUCUUUUCCUUCUCGCCAAGGACAUCCACACGCACAGAGAAAAAAAUUAGAAACUUUCCUUCAUAAAUCACCCAAAUCUUAAAACCCCACAGCAAAAUUUCCUUAAUUUCCUCAAGAAAUCGCAUCCAUGAAGUGGGUUCGAGGAGAGACAGUCGGAUACGGGAGCUUCGCCACCGUGAGCUUAGCGACGCCAGCGAACAAAUAUUCCGGUGAAUUCCCGCCAUUGAUGGCCGUGAAGUCCGCCGAAAAAUACGGAGCCGCCUCGCUCGCGAACGAGAAAUCGGUGCUGGAUCAGCUCGGUCACUGCCGUGAGAUCGUACGGUGCUUCGGCGACGAUCGGACGGUGGAGAACGGUGAGGAGAUCUACAAUCUGCUAUUGGAGUACGCUUCGAGGGGAAGCUUGGCGACCCACGUCAAGAAAUCCGACGGUCUACCGGAAUCCGCCGUGCGCCGCCACACCGAAUCGGUGCUCCGGGGACUGCGUCACAUCCACGCGAGUGGCUUCGCCCACUGCGAUAUAAAGCUCGGGAAUAUUCUAAUGUUCGGUAACGGCGCCGUUAAGAUAGCUGAUUUCGGGCUUGCGAAGAGGAUAAAAGUUGUUGACGGAGAAGAGACGGCGUCAGAAGGGACGAAGAUCAGAGGGACGCCGUUGUAUAUGGCGCCGGAGUCUGUGAACGACAACGAGUACGGAUCAGAAGCGGACGUGUGGGCGCUCGGAUGCGCCGUAGUUGAGAUGUUUAGCGGCAAAACGGCAUGGAGUUUCAAGGAAAACUCGAACUUCAUGUCGUUGUUGAUGCGCAUCGGUGUUGGAGACGAAACCCCGAGGGUUCCAGAGGAGUUGUCGGAAGUGGGAAGAGAUUUCUUGUCCAAGUGCUUCGUUAAAGAUCCAAAGAAGAGAUGGACGGCUGAGAUGCUUUUGUGCCAUCCAUUCGUAGCCGUCGAUCUUGGACACGAUGAUGAUGAUGAUCAUCAACUGGAUGAAGAAUUCGCCGUGGAAACGAAGAAAGAGGAAGUUUCGGCGUCACCCAAAGGGCCAUUCGAUUUCCCCGACUGGGAUUCAGAAUCGUUGGAUUCACAGACGCGAUCUCAGCCGUUGGAUUGGCCGGAGGAGAGAAUCGGCAGCCUGGCAACUGACUUCAUCCCUGACUGGUCUGUGACGGGGAAUUGGGUCACCGUCCGGUGACUGUGAUUAGAAAAGAAAAAAACGGGAGAGAGUCGUACACGCAUUCUGGCCUGGGGCUGCCCCUUCAAUUUUUUUUUUUUUUUUUUUUUUUCCUCGAGAGGCUCAUCAAAUCCAACGGUUAUAAUUCCUUCUGUUGGAUUUACCAUUUGUUGACUUGAUGUGAAUGAUCAAAGUAUCUUCUUCUUUUUCGUAUGAGAUGCGUACUGGUGUUGUAUAUAU